UAAACAAGGUAAUAAACAUUUUAGAAAAGACGUCCACCUACCCGUCCAAAUGCAGAGGGCUAUGGCGGCUGAGGCUGAAGCCAGUAGGGAUGCCAGGGCUAAGGUGAUCGCCGCAGAGGGCGAACAGAGGGCCUCCCGGGCCCUGAAGGAGGCGGCGGAUGUGAUCAGUGAGUCUCCAUCGGCUCUACAGCUCCGGUAUUUGCAGACAUUGGCCACAAUUGCUACCGAAAAGAACUCUACGAUUGUCUUUCCCAUUCCGUUGGAAAUGUUUAAAGGGUUUUCAGUUCAAGCAGUUGAUCGCUAAGCAAUCGGUUUUGUUUGAGAUAUUUUUUGUUGAAAUUUUGGAAAUAAUUUCAAAUAUUUUAUUCCC